AUGGAGAGGGGUCAGAAGCUGGUGGUGCUCUCCCUUGUAGGGGCAUUGUUGGCGGUGACGGUGGUGGCGACCAUGGAGGAGGACGAGAAGGACUGCGCGGACCAAUUAACGAACCUCGCCUCCUGCAUUCCCUUCGUGAGCGGCGACGCCAAGAAGCCGACGCCGGAGUGCUGUGAGGACACCAAGAAAGUGAGGGCUGCUAAGCCAAAGUGCCUGUGUGUUCUCAUCAAGGAGAGCACUGACUCCUCCAUGGGCCUCCCUGUGAACACCACUUUGGCUCUUCAAAUGCCAGCAGCUUGCAAUAUUGAUGCAAAAGUCUCUGAUUGCCCCUGUUCAAGCACAAGCUCAGCAACAGGUUCACCACCAGCUUCUGCUUCUACAUCAACUUCGUCUCCUGGAUCAUCAAAAUCUUCAUCUUCUUCCCCAGAAACUGGUUCGAGCUCCAACUCGAAGGCAAGUACCAGCGGCAAUGGUGGAGUGAAGUUGACUGGAAGGUUGUUACUGGUGAUGAGUUUGGCUUCAACUGCAUUGAUGUUAAUUUGA